AUGACACCAAAUCGACGGGAGUAUUCUAAUGAUCUUCGAUCUGUUGUCGUUCAACAUUUUCUCAAUGGUGAUUCCUAUACAGAAAUUAGUAAAAAAACAUUUGUCAAACGACCCACCGUGCAAUCGAUGAUCAAAAAGUAUAAAAACACAACAUGUAUUGGAAACAUAAUUGGCCGGGGUCGUAAACGAAAAACGACCGCCGCAGUCGAUCGUAUAAUUCAACGUAAAUUAAAUUGGACCGUCGAAAAUCGGCAUUAUACGGUUCGUAAUCGUGCACUUGAAAUUGGUUUUUAUGGCCGUACAGCACGCAAAAAACCUUAUGUAAAUAGGGGUAGUCGUUUUAAACGUAUAAAAUAUGCAAGGCGUAUGUUAAAACAGGCGUUUGGUUACUGGAAUAAUGUCUUGUGGUCGGACGAGUCACAAUUUAAUUUGUUUGGUUCGGACGGGAAAGUUAUGGUUUGGACAACGCCGAAGGAAGCAUUUGAUCCCAAAUGCACGGUAGCAACAGUCAAACAUGGUGGCGGUAAUUUGAAAGUGUGGGGAUAUUUUUCGAGAGCCGGUGUUGAUAAAAAAUUGUAA